UGUUCCCUGUCGCCGUUGCGUCCCCUCUGCCUCGGAACGCCUCCCCGGCUGGCUCCAUCUCGCAGCUCUGGUGGCAAGGCAGGGAGCAAUGCCCAGAAGUGCCGUCCGGUGCCGAGCCUCCCUUCCCAUCGCACAGCGGAGCCGCUCCCCUUAGCCCUCCCCCCAGCCCUUCCCCGCAGUGGCUCCUGCUGCUCCGCGGAGCCGGUAGUAGUAUCCCAUUGCUGCCUUGUACAGUGGAGUUAGAAGUGAUAGGAGACACAUUAAUAAGUCAGAACUGUCUUUGCAAAAAUGUUUACUCGGAUAACUGCAGGUCACAGAAGUCCAUGACAGACACACAGAAUUCCUGUAAAUACUAGUAAAUAUUGCUGGUGGUGUGCAUUCUGGAGAUAUAUUUUUCCUACAGAUACUACCAAGGCUUUGCGAAUGGGAUGAACGUGCUGCUGUUAACUGCUUACUGACAGUAACCAGCUGGGCACUUUACCAGUGAUGUUUUCAUUCUCACAUUGUCCAACUGGAGUUUGCUUAUACUGAUUUUUAAAAAGAGGAAGAAAUCAAAGUGGAGUACCGUAAACUUGACAUGGAGAAUAAAAAGAAAGACAAGGACAAGGCAGAUGAAAGAAUGGCACGGCCUAGUGGGAGGUCAGGCCAUAAUCCACGUGGAACUGGUUCUUCAAAUUCUGGAGUGUUAAUGGUUGGACCUAACUUCAGAGUUGGCAAAAAAAUUGGAUGUGGUAAUUUUGGAGAACUACGGUUAGGAAAAAAUUUAUACACAAGUGAAUAUGUGGCAAUUAAGCUGGAGCCAAUGAAGUCGAGAGCACCACAGCUACAUUUGGAAUACAGAUUCUACAAGCAGCUAGGAUCUGGAGAUGGAAUACCUCAGGUUUACUAUUUUGGCCCAUGUGGCAAAUAUAAUGCUAUGGUGCUAGAACUACUUGGACCUAGUCUGGAAGAUUUAUUUGACUUGUGUGGUAGGACAUUUUCUCUUAAAACGGUUCUUAUGAUAGCCAUACAGUUGAUUUCUCGUAUGGAAUAUGUCCAUUCAAAGAACUUGAUAUACAGAGAUGUAAAACCUGAGAACUUCUUAAUAGGACGACCUGGAAAUAGAACCCAGCAAAUCAUUCAUAUUAUAGAUUUUGGUUUGGCAAAGGAGUAUAUAGAUCCAGAAACAAAGAAGCACAUACCAUAUCGAGAACACAAGAGCCUUACAGGAACGGCUAGAUACAUGAGUAUAAAUACACAUUUAGGAAAAGAGCAAAGUAGAAGAGAUGAUUUGGAAGCUUUAGGUCAUAUGUUUAUGUAUUUUCUCAGAGGAAGCCUUCCAUGGCAAGGUUUAAAGGCUGAUACAUUAAAAGAACGUUACCAGAAAAUUGGAGACACAAAACGAGCAACCCCUAUAGAAGUAUUGUGUGAAAACUUCCCAGAGGAAAUGGCUACAUAUCUACGUUAUGUAAGAAGGCUAGAUUUUUUUGAAAAGCCUGACUAUGACUACUUAAGAAAGCUCUUCACAGACUUACUUGAUCGGAAAGGCUAUAUAUUUGAUUAUGAAUAUGACUGGAUUGGCAAGCAGUUGCCUACUCCAGUGGGUUCAAUACAUUCAGACCCUGCACUGCCUUCAAACAGAGAAGCAUAUCAGCACAGAGAUAAAAUGCAACAAUCCAAAAAUCAGUCAACAGACCAUAGGGCAGCUUGGGACUCACAGCAAGCCAAUCCACAUCAUUUGAGGGCUCACCUAGCAGCUGACAGACAUGGUGGCUCGGUACAGGUAGUAAGCUCAACAAACGGAGAACUGAACACAGAUGACCCAACUGCAGGCCGUUCAAAUGCACCCAUCACAGCUCCUGCAGAAGUAGAAGUAAUGGAUGAAACUAACUGCCAGAAAGUGUUGAACAUGUGGUGCUGCUGUUUUUUCAAGCGGAGGAAAAGGAAAACCAUUCAGCGCCACAAAUGACUAGAACCAAGCAGAACAUGGGAAAUUGCUUAUUUGUUCAACUGCUGUCUUCUGAUCUUAAAAACACAAACAAAAAGCCCCAACCAAACUCCAUAAUGACCACACUUCUCCAAGGACUCCCUUAGAAACAAUGUCAUGUGUGUGUGCUUUGAUUUGAUUCUCCUGCAUCCAUCUUUUGUUUCUUUAAUUCGUCUGUUCUGAAAGCUUUAAUGAUUUGUCAAAUAUGAGUGCUCCUUUGACCAUCAACAAAUGGACCAAUGAAAUGGUACAAAUGAACAGUAUCUUCAGCAAAACUAAGCUUGAAAAAUAUUUCUCCUGUCCUAGGAAGUACUAGCAGCGUCUUAGCUGAAGACAGAUGUCAUAAAUCUGGUACCUGAGUUCGUAGUAGUGUAUCAAAAGCAGUUUUCUUAAAUGCAGAAGAAAAAUACAAAUGCACAACCAUAUAGAAAAACAAUAAAAUCUUCAGAUUUCUGAUACCUGCAUUGAUUUUUAUUUUUCUUUUCUCCCAGUAUUACUGAGGAGAACUGUAGUCAAAUUGUAUCAGCAUUAAACGCUGUCUGUGAUAUUGUGGUACAGUCACUGUCUAGAGAUACUGAGGAGUCUGAUUUAACUGUUGAUGGUUGUCUAAAUGCUGGCAAUACUACUGAACAGAGAGUAUUUCCAGUAGCCUCUGGAUUUGAAGACCUGCUUUUGUUAUGUCUACAAUGGAAUUGCAGUACAGUAGAAAUGACAAGAGUGUUUGUAUGAAGAAUACAGAAUUUUGUAUAAGUUGUGUUUCCAGUAAUAUUAGUAGGAUUGAAAUGCCUUCAAAAGAGGAUCUACAGAGGAAUUAUAAAAGAAGAAAUAAAUGUGGAUCUGGUUAAAGUGGAAUUAGUAUUAAAGCCUAUAUGUUCACUAUGGUAAUUAAUGGUUGACAGCAUCUUUAACUUGAAAAUAUGGAUGUGCCAUGUAAUGUUAGAGAUCUGUUUGUAAAGGAUUUUAUUCUUUUGAUUUAGAGAACAAAUGCAAUGGAAGUGGGUUAGACUUCUUUCUCUGCUUACUAGCCCACAGCACCCAAAAUUUCCUGAGAUUUCUUUUUUCCUGGAAAUGUCUUGUCUUUCAGCGUAAUGUCACUGCUAUAGUAGGAUGGCAAGGAUGUGACAGGUUACUUCCCCGCAGUCCAAUGAAGUGCCUGCAGCAUGAACAAACCAACAGUUCUAUAGACAAGGCAGCCCAUUUCGUGUUUUCUUCUUCAGAAAAUAUAUGCUUCUUUUAAAGCCAUAAUGAGAGGUGUGAUUUUGUCAUGUUAAGCUGCCAGUUGUUUGAAGAAGGGUUGUGAAAGAUGGAAGUGACUAGGCAGACUUGUUGACCAAAACUCAGAUUAUCUCAAUUUUUUAUAACUCUUCUAGAGCUAAUUAGCAUUUUUUCUAUCCACACAUGCCUUUUGGCUUACGUAUUUAUUUUUAAUCUAUUUUGCCAGUAGCAUUUAAAAUGUAUAUUAAAAUAAAUGCACACCUUUGAAUUCAUUAUUGUAUUUACAAGGAUUUUAAUUAUAUUUUGUAAUUUAUUUUUCCUUAACAGCCAGAAGUGUAUUUUAUUGUUUUAAUUAUGUGCUCAUAUAUAUACUUUGAUCUUUGUCAUUAUUACUGUUCAUGAUCUUAAGUUUUUGUUUUAAAAAAACUGAACUUGGCCUACAAAAACAUACUGUGUAACAGAUUGCAAGUUUCCACUCCACCAGUUGUUGUUAUUAUCUCAAACUCAUGAAUUUACUACUUCGUUUUUGUUUGAGCUGAAAAGGUAGGAAGUGACUUGACCGUUCUGGUAUGAAAACACAUCCUUCUUUGUAGUACUUGACCAAAUUUGUUACUUUGUAAUAUUUGUAAGUACAUGUGGUAUGUGUAGUUUUCACACACCUGAUGGGGUUUAUUCUCAGAGGUUUUUGACCUGUACAUUGUUUGUAUGAUCUGAACUCCAUACACAUAACAAAAAAGUGUGUAUAUUAUUGAUUUCAAAUAUUUGAAUAUAUAAAAGCUGUUUAUUUGCUGAAAUGACCAGUAUCUAGGCACUUGCUUUUCAGCAAUAUUUUUUUAAGUGCUGGAUUUUAAUGCUGAAGAAAUUUUUCUUCCAGCAAAGCAAAGCAGUCAGUACUAAUGCAGGUAUGUUCAAGUUAUGCCAAGAUGGUUUGCAUUUAUAUCUUUUUUUCUGUCUAAACUAAUUAAGUGAACAUUGGCUGGAUGUCUAAAAAUGAAAUACAUCCCUGUUUAAAUGUAAGACAAAAAAAUAAAGAUAGUUUUUUAAAACUUGCCUUUCCCCCCCCCUUUCCUACAGUCUUGGAUGAAAUAAUGGAAACUGAAAGAAUUGCUACCUGAAAUGCUACCUCAACAUUGCAGUUAGUUAUGUUUGCUUAGUUAACAGAUGUUACUGUUAUAUGCUUUAAUACACCUAAUGAUAACAAUAGAGUGAAGAGGCCUCAAUGCCUGCAUGUUUGUAACUAGGAAAUCUACUCAGGGUCUCCAUGGAUUAAAGUCUAUGCUCUCUGUGCCUCCUAGAA